AUGAUGGUAACGAAAAGCAGAGUUUCAAGAAGCGUGGAUGCCGUGUCUUUAAAAUUUGACAAAUCAAUUUUGCCAACAGUUAAAUCCCAGAUUUCGAAUAAAGAAUUGAUAAAUAGAUUGAUUGCUUUGCAUGAUGAAUUAUCCAAUAUUGACGACUCGAGUGUAAACUUAUCGAAUUACACAACUGAUUUGGUGAACAAGAAAUUGCUUAGUCACACAAGCUUGGGGGUUCAGGCUUACUUAUGUUGUUGUCUUUCGGAUAUUCUUCGUAUAUUUGCUCCGAAUGCACCUUAUUCCGACCAACAAUUGUCGGACGUGUUUAAGCUUUUCUUCAAGCAGUUUUCGAGAUUAUCUGCUAAAAAAGAUGACCCCUUUUAUCAGCAACAUGUUUAUCUUUUAAAACGAUUGGCUGAAGCUAAAUCGACCAUUAUUAUAACUGAUUUACCUGAUCUGGAAUCAUUGAUUGUCAGCAUCUUCACCACAUUUUAUAAUUUGGCAGUAAAAGGAUUCCCCAUAGAGCUUGAGACCAUAAUAACAGACAUUUUGUCUGAAGUAUUGUCUGAAGCCGAAGUUGUUCCUCAUCAAAUAUUGCAAUUGAUUUUGCAAAAAUUUGCUAAUCACGACCCUAGUAAAUUAUUACUGAAUAGUGGUAUAACAAGUCCUGAAUUCAACCUUUCGUUGUCAAUUUGUGAAAAUAAUAUAGACAGAAUGUCGCGUUUGGUGGCUCAGUAUUUUUCAGAAAUACUUUAUGAUAACACCAAUAACAUCGAAGAAGAAACACUUGACGAUGAUAAAAAUAAGCUGAAUUCGAAAUCUCAUACCAAAUUUUCACAAGCCAUGGAUAUUCUAAAGAAAGUGCACCAUUUGUCAAUACAGUUAUGGAAGUUCAUUCCUAGUGUAUUAUCAUCCGUUAUGGCACUUAUAGAUGAUGAACUAAAUGCUGACGAUGAAAAAGUGAGAAUAUUGGCUACAGUUACAAUAGGGCAAAUGCUAGGUUCACCAGUAUAUCUCUCAGCUUCAACAAAUGUUAACUUUUUUGUGACUUAUAAACAAACAUGGAAUAAUUGGUUAAAGAAAACAUCCGACGUUUCUUCAAACGUAAGAAGCAAGUGGGUUCAACAAGUACCAAGUAUAAUUUGUUCCAAUAACUAUACAACCACAGAGAUUAAUCAAAUGUUGUCAGCUUGUGUGCACAAAUGUCUUGUCGAUACAGAAGAAAAAGUAAGAGAAGCUGCUUGUGUAUGUUUAAGUGAAGUUCCUUAUCAACAAUUCAUAAGUAAGAUGGCUACAACAGAGUUGGUCAACACGUUAUUUAAAUUGACAAGAGAAAAACACGCCUCUAUUCGGAAACUUUCAAUUAAAAUUUUGGGUUCUUAUUAUGCUAGUUACAUGAAAGCUGAGAAGAAUAUGCAGUCUGAAAUUGAGACUGAAUUGAAGGAUUCAAUUUUGAGUAUUCCCAAUCAAAUAUUGUCAUUGGUAUAUAUCAACAAUAAAGAAAUCACUACAUUGGUAGAUUUGGCUGUUUUUGAAAACAUGUUGCCAAUUUUAGAUAUGAAUACCGAAACCGGUGUUGAAAGAUUGGUCCAGUUUUACCGUGUUUUAGAUGCUAAAGGGAAAGAGGCUUUUAUUGCAAUUAAUAAAAGACAGCAACGGAUUUCUAAAGUAUUAUUGAUAUAUAUUGAACUAUCGGAGGUAUACAAUAAGGGUGACAAGCUGGAAAACAAGGACAGCAGUGGUAAUGAUGGCACCAACGAAAUAAUUUUGAAAUUAGAUAAAAUCAUUGAGUGGCUAUGUGUGUCGUUUCCUGAAGGAUGGAAUUCUUCAUACUGCUUUGAAAGAUUUUAUAAAUUGGAUCGUGCUAGGUUUUUCCAUUUGAUUAAAGUUUGCAUUUCAUCAGAGUCUGAUCUCGUCACAGUUAAGAACUCGAUGAAAGAAUUACUCAACAAAUUAUCUGAUUCUAAAAAUAUCAGACUAGAAAAUGAAAGAAAUACAGUAACCACUACUGAAAUGACUGAAAACUUUAAACUUUUAUUGUUGAGAGCCUCACCUAUUUUUUACAACCGUUCCAUUGUGGAAGGGUUAAUCAAAUAUUCCAAGCAAGGUGAAAAUGACUACUAUUCUUCCGCAAAUGAAAUAUUGGAACAGAUUUCAUCCAUAAUUCCUGAUGUCUAUAAAUCGCACUUAAGAGCGUUGUCAAAUUUAGUAAUUGAUAAGGGUGAGCAGUCAACAAGCAAAUCUAAUGCUUUGAAAACAGUGUAUCAUUUUGUGAAAAAGUAUCCAGAUUUAUUCCCACAAGAAUUUUCAUUCAUUGAAUCUUUGAAAAAUUUGGCAAUAAAUGGUACACCAGAAGAGGCAAAAUAUGCAAUCAAAAUAAUUGGAUUAAACGAUAAAAAAGAAGUCUAUUGUGGAGGGAUUAUGGAUUCCAUUUAUCCAUUAGACUUGGAAAGUACAAAACUUGCUACAUGCUUAAGCUCAAUCGCGGAAAUAUUUGUUGUUGACAGAUUGGCAAUUCUGGAUAAGGAAAAUGAAUUGACUCCACUUGUUAUCAAGGAAUUUUUUUUGAAAAAUAGAAACCUCGAAAAUUACAAUGUAAAUGAUAAUACAUGGAUUACCACUACUGACUUGGACAACCAUCCUACUUUAUACGAAAAGUUGAUUGCUAUAAGAUUGUUGGUUAAUAAUUUAAAGAGCCUAGAUAAGACAGAUUUGUCUGAAAAGGCAAAAGAAGAAGCGAAACAGAAAGCAUUACCUGUAAUCAAAUUGUUAAUGUCAUUUAUUGGAAAUAAUGGAGAAAUAAUCAACAAGAAUGAUCCAUCUUGGCCUACGCCAGAAUCGUAUAGACUGAGAUUAAGAUUGGCAGCUGGUUUAUAUAUGUUGAAAUUGGCCAAAAUACCCGUUUAUAGUGAAACUAUGUUACUGGCAAGUAUAAGGCGAUUAACAUUUUUGUUGAAUGAUGAAGACUACAAUGUGAGAGCUAAGUUUCUCAAUAGUUUGCAGGGAAAAUUGGCAGAUGAGUUGAUAUCAGAAAAAUUUUUGGCAAUUGUGUUUUUCAGUGCUUUGGAACUGAAUUUUGAACUCAAAAAUGAUGCUACAAUGUGGAUUUCAGCAAUGUUCAAACGUUUGGAGUCUAGAAAGAGUAUCAAAUUUGAAAAAUCAUUGGUUAGACUAAUACAUAUUUUAGCCCACCAUGAGCAGUUUUUGCUGUUGCUAAAAGGUGGGAAUGAUGACGAUAAAUUGGCUUCAUAUAACUAUGCUGCCAGGUUGUUGAUUUUUUAUGUUCAGUUGAUUGCUACUCAGGAAAACGUUUCUUUAUUGUAUUAUUUUGCUAGUCGAGUCAAACAACAUCGUGAUGCCACGAUAGCCACAGUGGAUUAUGAAGCCGAAAAGCCAACUGAACAGAUUUUGAAUUUGUACAGAAUUGCUGAGUUGGCACAAUUGGUGAUCAAGACGUAUGCUGAUGGCAAGAAUUGGCCAAUGCAAACCUGGCCAGGAAAACUCAAGUUGCCACUGGAUAUCUACGCACCAAUGGCUUCAUCUAAAGAAGCGCAAGCUGUUGUCACUGAAAUUUAUAUACCCGAAAAACUUCAAAUUGAAUUACUUGCCAUCAUCAAUAAGAAAAUGCGUACUGGAACUAUUAUAAAGAAUGUGAACACAACAUCUGUUGCACCUAGAUCCCGCCAGAAACGAUCAAAGAAGGUUAGUAGAGUGGAGCCUUCGAAAAGAAAGAAAAAGCUGGCUGUUUCUGAAGCAGUUACCUUUGAACUGAGACGUAAAAGUUCUCGUAAUACAAACAAAGUGAACUACAAAGAUCAACUUCUGUCAGAAGAUGAACUGGAUGGGGAGGACAAGGAUCAUUUGCAUGAGGAUGAAGUUGGUAAUGACAACGAUGACGAUGGAAUUGAUGAGUUUAGUAUUUGA